UGGGAGCGAGUGGCUGGAGUGGCUGCAGCUGGGGGUUUCCGUGGAGGAGGAGGAGGUGCUGGAGUUGCCGGGGAGGAGGAGAUCAGUCCUGAGGAUGAUCAGAGAGCCAACCGUACUUUGUUCCUGGGCAACCUGGACAUCACGGUGAGCGAGUCGGACCUGCGCCGGGCCUUCGACCGCUUCGGGGUCAUCACAGAAGUGGAUAUCAAACGUCCAGGUCGUGGCCAGACCAGUACCUAUGGCUUCCUCAAAUUUGAGAACCUGGACAUGGCGCACCGUGCCAAGCUAGCCAUGUCUGGAAAGGUGCUGCUUCGUAACCCUAUCAAAAUUGGUUAUGGCAAAGCCACCCCUACCACCAGGCUUUGGGUGGGUGGACUUGGGCCCUGGGUGCCACUGGCUGCCCUGGCACGGGAGUUUGACCGUUUUGGCACCAUUCGCACUAUUGAUUAUCGUAAAGGUGAUUCAUGGGCAUACAUCCAAUAUGAGAGCCUGGAAGCAGCACAGGCUGCUUGUGCCCACAUGCGUGGCUUCCCCUUGGGUGGGCCAGACCGCCGCCUACGUGUGGACUUUGCUGACACGGAGCAUCGCUACCAGCAACCCUACCUGCAGCCACUGACCCUACCACCACCUGCCCACUAUGAGCUAGUUGCAGAGGCAGCUGCUUUUGGGGCUCACCGUGGGGCUCCCCCAGACCCACUUCGGGGGGCCCGUGACAGGACACCACCACUGCUCUAUAGAGACCGCGACAGAGAUCUCUAUCCUGAGGCAGAAUGGGUGCCACCGCCACCUCCUGUACGGGACAGGAGCAAUCGAGCCGCUGCCUAUGACCCGCUGGAAAGUCUGGAGCGCCGGCGGGAUGGCUGGUCCUUGGAGCGGGACCGAGGGGAAAGGGAACUGGGUGGUGGCAGCAGCAGCAGUAGAGACCAACCCAGGAAGCGAAGAUUGGCAGAGGAUGGUGGCCGGCACUUAGACCGCUCUCCAGAUAGUGAGCGUUCAUCUGCGUCCCGUAAGCGACAUUGUUUGGCCACAGCCUCCCCCCCAGACCGCAGUCCUGAUCUUGGUGGGAGCAGGGAACGCUACACUAGUGACACAGAACGCUCAUCCUCCCGUUUGCUCCUGUUGGAUCGGCCAUCACCUAUCCGGGAGCCACGCAGGGGCAGUCUUGAAAGAGGUCUGAGUGAAAAGCGUGACCGCAAAAACUCUGCUGAAAGAGAGCGGAAACACCGCACCUCCACAGCAGCUGUUGCCCAGGAAUGUAAAAGCCCAGCCAAAAAGGAUGAGCGUACCACGGAAGGUGGCAGUGGUGGAGGAUCCCGGCUCAAACCUCCGCCCCAGAAGCAGCAGCAGCAAGAUGGAACAUCGCAGGCUGCUGGGGCCCCCAAACUAUGCCUGGCUUGGCAGGGCAUGCUCCUCCUGAAGAAUAGUAACUUCCCGUCCAACAUGCACCUUCUUCAGGGGGAUCUCAGUGUAGCCAGCAGCCUCCUGGUAGAGGGAGCAACUGGUGGCAAAGUGGCUCAGCUCAAGAUCACCCAGCGUCUCCGCCUGGACCAGCCCAAGCUGGAUGAGGUCACGCGCCGUAUCAAAGUGGCAGGGCCCAAUGGUUAUGCCAUUCUCUCAUCGGGAGCCACUGAGGCUGCCACCACCUCCACACAGAGAGCACUCAGGAACCUCGUGUCCUAUCUAAAGCAAAAGCAGGCUGCCGGAGUGAUCAGCCUCCCUGUGGGGGGCAACAAAGACAAGGAGAACAGCGGGGUCCUGCACGCCUUUCCACCCUGCGACUUCUCCCAGCAGUUUCUGGACUCCACAGCCAAGGCCCUGGCCAAAUCAGAGGACGACUAUUUAGUCAUGAUCAUUGUCCGUGGUGCAUCCUAAAGCUCUUGUGUUUUCUGUACCCAAACCUGCCUGUUCCUCCUCCACACAGCCCCUCUGCCGUGUGCCAGGUGCUAUGGGAUACAGCCUUAGCCAGCCUCACAAUUAUUUUUAAUUAGAUCUUUAUAUGUAGCCAGUAUUCCCUGCCUUUUUUUUUUUUUUUUUUUUUUUUUUUUUUUUUUUUUUUUGUAAUUACAUUUUUCUGUAGUUAGAAGCCAGGAAGGUUUAGCUGUUAGCCUGAAUUAGGAUAUUUUGAGGAUCCCUUCUCAGCAAGCGUAAGCAGGAAAGGUAAGCCUGCUUCAACUAAAAAAUAGAAAACAGAAUUCCACCUUUUUUUAAUUUUUAACUUUGUUCUUUUUAGUUUUGACCAUUUUUUUAAAGCAGGUUUAAAAAUUCCUCUAGAAUUACAGAACUAGAAGACCAAAUUUAAAGCACUAAGUAAUUUAAAUAGAAAACCAGAUAGCGGACUGGCCUUGACUCGUUUUGAAUCUCUGAAAUUCUGUGAAGGUCUGAUACCAGUGCCCCAAAGUUAAAUAAACCCUUUAUCAGGAAUCUGAAUGGUUUAACUUUGAGUUGACUGGCUCAAGGUUGAGUUCUUUUAGGGGACUAACAUCUCAUCUUGUGGUACACUGUAGCUUGAACAUUGAAUUCCUUAAUAGGUAUUAAUUUGAUUUCAGUCAGUCCACACACAUGCAUGCCCAGAAGGUGUGCUUUUAACAGGUGUGUUCUUCCUGUUCUAAGUUCCAUUGUAUCCCAUAUAUGCACUUUGGAUUUGCAGCAGUAACAACAUUUUGGUAAAUAGGUGAGGACUUUGUUACAAACCUUGAAUGUCUUAUACUUACUCUAGUAUGCAAGUAACAAGUAGGUGCUUUAUGAACAGCUGAUCAUUUGGUGGGUUUUUGGUUUUUACUGCCUUUUUCAGAGUUGCAGGUACAGUGGAUUCUGCAAUGCAGACUCCAAACAAUACACUUCAGACAGGGCUUUUAAUUCUUUGAAAAUUCUCAUCACCCUUUUAUCUCUUUAUUAAUAGAAAGAAACUGCUGUCUGUCUUCAGAUUUUUUUUUUUAGGAAUAGAACAGCGGGCAUUAUGUGAGGUUUCAUAGUCAUUGGGACAAUGUUUUUUAGCAUCAUGGCAGACUAUUAAAAGUACUGCAAAAUGUUGAAAAAGCAGAUCACCUUGUUCAGCAAACCUACUUCAUUUAAUUUUUUUCUCUGUAUACUUUUGUCCUUGAUCAUGAUAAAACCUAGAAAAAGCAUAUCAGAAACAUUUUAAAGCCUUCACCUUUGCUAGUCCCCAAAUGAAGUGUAAAUCUGAAUAUAUUACACUGUAAACCUCUUUGUAGAAACAUCAUCAUCUUGCACUUGGGUCUGUCUUGCCUCAUUUUAAAGGAUUGUUUUUUGAAAUGUGGCGCUGUAAAAAUGAUACUGCCUUACUCAGAUCGUAGGGUGUAUUCAUUGGUCACUACCAACUAAAACUGUUCUUGCUACUCCUUGCUUUUUUAUAAACUAUAAUUAGAAACCUCACUUAAUACUCUUAAUGUUUAGUGAGUAAAAUCCAGGACUUCUGGAUUGUCCUUCAGCAUGAACGUAAUAGGCUUACAGAAGGCAGAAUACAGCUGUUUGUCUUGCUAUUAACAAUGAGAAUUGUGGGAUUUUUUUGGAAAUGGCAGCAAUUACAUAAGGGAAGCGCCAUAUGUUAUAUGUAAUACAGCAUAUUCAUGCUUGUGACACAAUGUUUUGUUUUAGUGGGUGUGUCUGUUGCAUCUUACCUAAUUCAUCAAGAUGCUAUGUUGCCCAUUUUCAUUAUUUUAAGCAUUUGUUGCAUUUCUGCAUUGUAUUUGAUGCAGGACGAAGUUAAAUCACUGGGCUAAUUACUCUUAACUGUUUAAAGACCACCCUUCUAACUUUACCCCUGGGAAUUAAAAAAUGUAAAAUACUAGCACUAAGUUGUUUGUGUUCAACCUUUAAACUUCCCAAAAACCAUGUUUGUUAUUGUAAUAUGCAAUAGACACCUGUUUUAUUUUUUUUAAAAAGAAACCAACAAAACUUGAGGUCAAAGUACAUUUAUCGCAAAGCUGACAACUAAUACUUAGGGAAAUUCUCCUUGGAAAGAGCAUUCUAGAUGUCCUUUCAUUUUCCCAUGACAGUUAAGCAGUUGUUUGUUAUCUCUGGCUUUUAUGAGUCUGAGAUGUGCUGUAUUGAAAACUAACAUGGAAUAGAUAAGACUGUACUUCAAACUCAAAGUUUCUUGGUUUCUUAUUUAAUGAGGUAUAUGCUUCUGUUAAACCUGGUUUAUUUGCUAUUGCUGUUCUGCAAACAAGGAUUUUAAUAUCCUUUAAGGGUAUGUAAAGUGAAAACAACUUAGCAACAUUUUCACACUGCACUUAGUCACAGGCUGCAUCAAUUCUAACACCACUCUUUUGGCUGUAUUUUCCCUUUUACUACAGAAGUGCACAGCAUUGGAGUAACUGUCCACUUAAACCUCCCUUGCCAGGGUUGGCUGCUAACAGAAUCCAUAAUGUAAUGCUACUUCUGUUUAGAGCUAAACAGGUUUAGCAGAGUUUCAUUAUCUGGUUAUAUCUGUCAUUAUGGGGCUGUAGUAAGAGCUCAAUAUCUCUUCUAACGCUGUGUGCAGCUGAUGUUCCUGUAUUUCAUUAGUUAUGAUGUACUGAAUUAGCGUGGAAAUGGAUGCCCCUUUCCUGAAUCAUCAUUUCAAAGUGUGCUUUGGGGAAAGAACCUCAAGUGACUCAUACUUUUGUUAAUAUUUUAGAUUUUUACAAAUUGCAAACUUUACACAACUCCCUUGGCUGCUAGCCAAUGGUUUUGUUUGCUUAGAUUUAGUGUACAGUCUGCUGUUUGUUGCCACUGCGAUGUGACAGCUACCUCAAAUUAUUGUAAGGUAUUGCUGUGAUUUAGACAGCAAUAUCACCCUUGGAUGGAUCACAGAGGGGAGAUGAGAAGUCCAGGAAACACAGGCAAAUUUCAACUUUUUAAAGAUGAGUUCUCAGUUAGAUGUCCCUUCAACCACUAUUGGCAAGAAGAUAUUUUGGAAGCCUCCUAUGGAGAGCAGAGAAGAGAGAACACAGCUUCCCUGAGAAGCUUAAUCAGCCAGAUGAUGAUAGCUGUGUGUAGGGCCCUGAGUAUUAGUAGGGGUGGGAAGUGGAGAACAAAAUGUUGGGGUAAGGAUCUAAAGACUUCUGAGGAUUUGGGAGAAGGCUGCUUGGGACAUCCUUUCCUAAUUCCAUUAAAACAGUGUUGACAGCAGUGCUUAGCUGGAGCCUGCCAAGAGCCUGAUGUAAAAAGAAACCAGACUUGAAAAAAAUAAUUGACAAGUAACUAAAUAUUUGGGAUUCUUUCCCCACCUCCCAUUCUUAAUGACUUUCUACAAAUAAAAACCAAGGACAGCUACUUCAAUGAAUCAUUAAACUUGAUAUAAAAGUAGUCUUUGCAUAAGGCGUAAGCAUAGCAAACCCUAUUUUGAAAAUGUUAAGUGGAUUAUUUAAUUUCAUUCAGUCCUAAUUGUAUGAAAAUGGAUUAGAAAUGCUACUUAACAGUAACAAGUUUUGUUUAGUAGGGACAUCCUUGAUUUGACCUCUUUGCUACAGUAAUGGAGUUGCAUCCUGCUGUUGGAAUUUGUACAGCAAAAUGAGAAGAUAUCAACAUGUAUCACUACAUUUCGUAUGUUUGAGAAGUUGCCUUCAGGAAAUGUUCUUUGAGGAAAAUCAAGUGAAUUAUGAACUAUUCAGUUGGUUUUCCUCAUGGCUGAUUUUUGACAUGUUCUGUUACCUGAUUUAAAAAAAAACACCUGUUUAUCUUCAAUCCUGUAUACCUUCAAAUCUGUGAACAGAGUUUAACAGCAGUUCAAAAACCCUGCACUACUUGUUAUGCAUUUAUAUAUAGAAAGUGACUUCAUUUCAAGGUUUUGUGCCGGUGGGUGGUAUUGGUGCUUUUCGAAGUCUAAGUAGAAUACUUAGAGAGGCCUUGUAGUUCUUUAUGUUCAUCUGUGUAGUGUGGGGAGGGGAAAACCUGUUGUUAUUCAGUACAAAUGUUUACCUUUUCUUUCCUCCUGCAAGCAAGGCUGACCAACUGUGGAAGAUGACAUGGGAUUCCAAGCUCUAAUGGACCUUUGCGAAGAGAAGUUGUGGCUUGUGUGGAAUUUACAUGGGCCUCUUGAUGGAAGAAAGCUUAUCUGUUUAGUAUUUGUGCAUUUUACUAAAAUGGCAGCUUUAAAAAAAAAAAAAAA